AUGUACACAAAACGUCAAGAAUGUCUAGUUGUAUUAAUAUUAUUAACUAUUUUCUUUCUUCAUGAAACAGCAGGGAGCCAACGUCAUAGUGUUAUAUCUAGUGUAACAACAGUUUCGUCCAGCAGAGACGAACUUCUUGAAGCCUACGAGAACGCUAAGAGGGUUCAAAGAGCGCAACCGAUUGUGUACGAGACUCAUCCGGAUUUUAGUUCUCAGCCAACAGAUAGCUCCAGUGCUACAGAACCAGGAAUCCGAGAAUUCACACAAUCACCACCAAAACCAGAUGAACGUCGUGAGGCUUCGUGUGAAGUACCGCCAUAUGAACAACGUCGACACCUUAAAGAAUUUGAUGCUGAGAGUGAUACAACAGAAUGUGAGAUGGCGCACACAAGGGAACGCAGUCCACCGCGUCGUAUCAGGGGACGGCACAAGGGGAAACAGAAGGGUCAGGUUGUGAGUAAACGAAAUCUAGGAAUAAUUCCUAGGACACACAGCCGCACAAGUACAACCAGUACUAACAGCGAGGAGGUGACAUAUGCUUUCUGUGAGAGAGAUUAUCCUAAACCUGGAAGUCCAGUAGAGAGUUAUAAUCCUUAUACUUGUGACACACAUCCUUGUUCCGAUGUAGAAUUAGAUGCAGAUAACCUUCUGAAUAAAUCCAGAUCCAGUAUACGAAGUCCUAUAUUUUUUAGAAACAAUGCCCAGAAUGGUCGCAAUACACCCCACUCAAGGAUACGAUAUGAUGUCAACCUUGAUAUUCCGGGGACUGAGGAAUGUAAACCUCUAGUUAUGACACUAAACCAAGCACAAACGACAAGUCCGACAAUUGAACAGGAUAACAUCAGUAUACUCGACAGACACUACCGACCAGUCAAAGAUCCUGGACUCUUACCCCCUGAAUCACCUUCCAGAAUAACACUCGAAAGACUAAACACCAAUUAUACCGCUAACUAUACAAUUGUAUAACAUUGACAUUGGAAGCUUGUAUACGUAAUAUAAAUACCUCGUUGUAAUUCACACACACACACACAUACAUACAUAUCAUAUAUAUAUAUAUAUAUAUAUAUAUAUAUAUAUAAAAUUACCAAUACCAACUCUACCACCGAAGCACACGAUUUAAUUUUCGCAUAAUCACUAUAUCCGAUGUCCACCGAUUAUUUCUAGCAUCAUCAACAAAAAAUAUAGAACUACAAUGAAAUUCAACAAAUAAAAAUCGAAUAAACCCAAACCCCGCCCCACCAAAUAUUUAAUAUAAUUCCCUCUACUAGGAAUAUGUGAUUAGCGAAAGAUUUCAUCUUAUCUGCAACGUUCUCUUUUGCGUUGUUCUAUUGUCCGUUGAAGAUUCAAAAAGUGUGCUCACCAAAGAAUGAAAUGCUUCUGCUGCAAUGGAAUAUACAUAUAAAAGGGGUGAAUGGCGAAGGCAGACAAAACACUGAGAAAUCAUUUAGAAAGAUAUCAUCAACCAAUGAACAUAAUUAUUUUAAUGUGUCAAAGAAAAUAUCAAGCUUAACAAGAACUUUUGGACGCUCUUAUUUAUUUCAUUUCAUUUUAUUUUUUUAUGACCAAGAUUAAUGGACUAAUCGAUAUCAUAUAGAGACUUCUUAUAAAAAAAAAAAUAACUUUGACACAAACGGUUGACUGCUUUGAGCUGUCCUAUUCAUCCCUUUGCAUCCUGAAUUUCAAUUCCCGCUGACACGGACUUUGCGUUUCAUUUCUCUAAGAAUCGUAAAUUAAGCAGCCAUUCAGUACAGUUGGGAUCAGUUUAAUCUACCGUAACCAUCCGUUGAAGUUUGAGGCCUCAUGCCAUUUUUUUAAUGGAAUGUGUUCGUAUGUUAUACUAGGACAAAAUGUUUAGUAAAAGAUGUUUUUCGUAGCAGAAAUUCUAUUUUCCUAGAUGAAAAGUGAAUUAUUAUUUUUUUAAUUAAGUGGGUGGAUAGUAUAAUCAGUGAAGUCCAGAUGAAAUUAUCUCCCCUGCUCUGAGUUCAAAUCCUGCUGGAGACUACUUUUCUUUUUUAUCAUUCCGGGGUAAAAAAAGUAAGUCAGUCAAUCAUUAGUGGGGUUCUAAUUUCACGUUGAAAUGUGUGGCUCUGUGCUUCUGUUAUAAAUCAUUAAUCUUGUUGAUAAUAAUGCUUUGUAGAUGGUCAAGGUGGUAAUUUUACAGACUAAAUGCUCCCUAAUAUAUCUGCUCAUCUGCAUUUUAUUUAUUGGCAUUCAAAGUUCCUACCGAACUUGACCAUAGCUGAUAUCCCACCAGAAUCAAUGAAAGAAGAAUCAACGAUGCACUAAUGCGAACUCAUCUAAUUGUAAUGUUUAAUUGAAAUGCAGUUGUCAAAUAUCGCAGAGCCAAGUCCGUGACACAGUCGUAUUUAUCUAUGAUGAGGAACUUGAUAAACCAUAAUCUUUAUACGAUGCCAAACCUCCGUACAUUCUCUAUAAAUACCUACCUUUGUUCAAAAUUAUGAAAUUAAUAUUAAGCACCUCAAAUUGUUGAUGGAAUUAACUUAAACAAUUAGAACAACAGUCUAAAUGUGUAAUUAUAUUUAGUGACGUUCUACAAAGAUUUUGCUCAAAUUCCACGAGGAUCGAUAAUCCCUAUCAUUGAUUCUGAGGUCGAUGAAAUAAGUGCCAGUGAACCAAUGAAAUCAAUUCAAAAUGUUAUUAUACCACCCACAACAACCUUUAGGCUUCUGCUAAAUUUGGAACCAGAAUUUAAGCAAGACCUCGCUUGUGCCAUAUUUGAAUGUGAUAUUUACAUUUUCAUAUAAACUGAAGAAAAGAUUCAUGAGUACAAUCAGGACUAAUUUAUUCAUUCAUUUGUUAAACAUUUUGUUUUAAGAAUCCCAGCUCAACUAAGAUUUGGGUUCUUAUAUCCACACGCUUGUACAAAGUAGAAAAACACAAAAAUAUACAGUAUUACACACUGAUUUCAAGAAUCUAUCAUUUUUUAUAAUUGUUGCUCGAUGAAUACAAAACUUACAAUGUAAA